AUGGUAUCUCGUCUUCACCGGAAUGAGCCGGUCUCUUUCGAGCCGGCUCUUGGGCCGCGCAGUGGCGCCUCUGACGGCAGACAGCGGCAGCCGCACCGCACGCUCGCUCGUGGUGCUGACGUCACGCGACGCGUGCGUGCCACGUGCCAGACGCACUUCCUGGCGGCCGCUCUCACGCACCAGUUCAACCCCUGGGUGGGCGAGUGGGUGGGCGAGUGGGUGGGCGAGUGGGUGGGCGAGUGGGUGGGCGAGUGGGUGGGCGAGUGGGUGGGCGAGUGGGUGGGCGAGUGGGUGGGCGAGUGGGUGGGCGAGUGGGUGGGCGAGUGGGUGGGCGAGUGGGUGGGCGAGUGGGUGGGCGAGUGGGUGGGCGAGUGGGUGGGCGAGUGGGUGGGCGAGUGGGUGGGCGAGUGGGUGGGCGAGUGGGUGGGCGAGUGGGUGGGCGAGUGGGUGGGCGAGUGGGUGGGCGAGUGGGUGGGCGGGUGGGAUCUUUAG